AGCUGGAGGCGCCCAGGGCCGGAGACGCUGCAGACCCGGGACUCGGAGCAGCUCGGAGGCGGUGAAUAAUAGCUCUUCAAGUCUGCAAUAAAAAAUGGCCUCCAAUAAAACUACAUUGCAAAAAAUGGGAAAGAAGCAGAAUGGAAAGAGUAAAAAAGUUGAAGAGGCAGAGCCUGAAGAAUUUGUGGUGGAAAAAGUACUGGAUCGACGUGUAGUGAAUGGGAAGGUGGAGUAUUUCCUGAAGUGGAAGGGAUUUACAGAUGCUGACAAUACUUGGGAGCCUGAAGAAAAUUUAGAUUGCCCAGAGUUAAUUGAAGCAUUCCUUAAUUCUCAAAAAGCUGGUAAAGAGAAAGAUGGUACCAAAAGAAAAUCUUUAUCUGACAGUGAGUCUGAUGACAGCAAAUCAAAGAAGAAAAGAGAUGCUGCGGACAAACCAAGAGGCUUUGCUAGAGGUCUUGAUCCUGAACGCAUAAUUGGUGCCACGGACAGCAGUGGAGAAUUAAUGUUUCUCAUGAAAUGGAAAGAUUCAGAUGAGGCAGACUUGGUGCUGGCAAAAGAGGCAAACAUGAAGUGUCCUCAAAUUGUAAUUGCUUUUUAUGAAGAGAGACUAACUUGGCAUUCUUGUCCAGAAGAUGAAGCUCAAUAAUUGUUUUGCAUUGCUUUUUAUAUAUAUUUAUAUAUAUAUAUAAUCUGGAUCUUGGUUUUUUGAUUUAUUAGUAUGAAGAAUAUGUUCUAAUGGAAAUCAAGUUUGAUAUGUUUGUUUUGAAGUAGUAUUAUUGGAGUUGUUCGGUUUUUUGGGGGGUAUUGGUUUUUGUUUUGUUUUUGUAUCAGUAUCACUGGUUACUUUGAACAAAUAAAAGAUUUCUGUAGUUGCUUCAUCUGUCAGAAAAGACCAUUUGAUACCAUGGUAUAUUUCCUUUGCAUUAAAGAACAGCUUUUCUAAAUGUGGGGAAAAUUUUCCAUAGUCAUUACUGAAUCAGAACUUGCAUUUAAGCCCAUAUAUGCCUAAGGAGACCAUUCUGACCAUUUUAGGUUUUUUUGUUUAUUUUUUGUGUGAGUGUAUAUAUAAAUACAUACAUAAUUUUUAUUUUUUUAUUAUUUUUUACAUUCAUCAAAACCAUUCAAAACAAAAAUGGCACUUCACAACCAUGGGUAAAUCCGUGGUGCUUCUGGGAUGCCAUCAUUCGGAGCAAGAAAUCACUUCAAGUUAAACUGAAAAUUUUCGUAAAGUCAUAAACUUUCAAACCAAAUAGAUGAUUCAGUAAUUAAUUGGACAAUUUAAAUAAAAUAGAAAAUAAUUUAAAUUACAUAAUUUAAAGCAGAGCAAAAUCCAUGUCUAUAUCUGUAGUCAUAUAAAUGGAAAAUACUUGCAAAACUGAAAGGAAAAUCUACCACAACCAGCAAUCUCCCCACCCAGAUGAGAAAACAACGAAUAUGUUUUCAUUAGCCAAGCAAGGCUUAGUUAAAUGGUCGUUUAAAGAUCCCUUCUAUAAAGCCAUCCCUUUAUAGAACUUUGAAUUGAAAUCCCUGUGCUGUAUUGACUAAAAAGAUCAUGAUUCAUGGAAAACUAACCAGAUGGUUAAAGAUGUUGCAGUUUAGGACAUGUUGACAUAAAUAGGUAAACAAGACUUUUGUAAUCUAAACUGUUGACCUGCAUGUUUUUUGUUUACCCCAACAUAUGCCUUACAUAUAGGCUCAAUCUUUUCAGUAUUUGUGUUCAGCAGAAGCCAGGAAAACAAUAACUUCAUAGUAAUCAGAAUGUUAUCCAACUGUAUAUUGUUUAUGUUAUUGUAAAUACUGGUGAACGGUGGUCAAUAAAUAGUUUUAUAUUC